AUGACCGGAAAUGGCGCCAAUGUCCUUGGUCUCGAUGUCAUCCAUGAGCCAAAGUCGAGACCCAUUGCCGAUAUCAUCUUUGUACAUGGACUAGGUGGCCACAGUCACAAAACCUGGUCCAAGGACCGCAAUAUCAACUUUUUCUGGCCGGGCUUAUGGCUUCCGAACGACCCGCAACUCAGCAAAGCCAGGCUGUUCACUUAUGGUUAUGAUUCUCAAUUGCUCGGACCUAAAAGUGUCGCGAAUAUCAUGGGUUUCGCAAGGUCACUAUUGUUCGACAUGCGAUAUGGCAGGGGUAACCGAGUGAACAGUCUGAGAAUCGGCGAGGCACCCAUCGUGUUUGUUGCUCAUUCCAUGGGUGGCUUAGUCGUCAAGAAAGCAUACCUGAUGGCCCAGAAUGAUCAAAACUGUGCAAAGAUUUCCCGAUCAAUCUUGGGCAUCAUCUUUCUGUCGACGCCCCAUCGGGGUUCCAAUCUGAGCCUGGUACUUAAUCUGACAUUGAGGGCCACCUUCCAACCUGAAAAAUCCUUUGUCAAAGAACUGGAACGAAACUCAUCAGCUAUCGAGGACAUCAACGACCAAUUUCGUCACGUUGCCCCAAAUCUCUCUAUUGUUUCUUUUUACGAGGAACAUGCCACACCCGUACUCGGGAAGCGUCUCAUGAUCGUACAGAGGGACUCCGCCAUCUUGGGCUACAUCAACGAGGAUUCAAGGGGACUACCCGCUGAUCACCACACAAUUUGCAAAUUCGAUAGCGAAGAAGAUUCGAAAUAUAGAAUAGUGAGGGACACUUUGAAAGAUCUCGUGGAGAAGUUGGAGAAUGGCACCUUCCGAACACCUAAUGUCGGAUCUCUGGUCACCAGAAAAGAUAUUGGAAAGAUUCUUGGCCUCUCCCGCACUCCUGCUGAGGAUUUCAACUCUCUCCGAAAGCGCUGGGUGCCAGGAAGUUGCGAAUGGUUCUUACAGGAUUCUGGAACUCAGCUCUGGCUCACAAACCCCUCCGACUCUCAUCUGAUAUGGUACAAUGCACCACCAGCGUAUGGAAAGUCAGUCCUCUCGAGCUAUGUCAUUCACUACCUCCAAGGACAAGGCCACCACUGUCAGUACUAUUUCUUCAACUUUGGAGAUCAAACGAGACGAUCGAUAAGCGGGAUGUUGAGGUCACUGGCGCAUCAAAUCUCUUCGAUUAUACCCGAAUACAGGGAGGAGAUAUUCACGACGUGUGCCGAAGACACUGGCUUCGACGAGAAGGAUUACCGCUUCCUAUGGCACAAAUUGUUUGAGACUCUCCUGUUCUGCAAAACUUUCCCCCGCCCACUUUUCUGGGUUAUUGAUGGCCUAGACGAGUCAGAGUCGUCCCAGACGGUCGUUGAAUUGUUGGCCGCAGCCCUUUCACAGGCACAAAUUCAAAUAAAGGUCUUGGUCACAAGUCGGCGGACAGAAGCACUCGCAUGGGAGAUCAAUAAAGCCCAGCGCCUUCUCAGAGUCAACGUCAUUGAUGGGGAUGGGCACAACCACAACGACGGCGACAUCAAGCUUUUGCUUGACAGAGAACUUGAACAUCUUCCUGGAAACACAGCUAUUCGAGAGCGACUUCGGCAGGAGAUUUUGAACCGGGCAAGCGGCAACUUUCUCUGGGUGAGUAUCGUUCUCGACAAUCUGUACAAAUGCCAAACCGAAAGCGAGAUUCGAGCCAUGUUGGAACAAAUACCCGAGAACAUGACGAAAAUGUACUCACAAAUGCUGCUUUCGAUUACCGAGAACGUCAAUAAACGAAGAGUCAAAUUGGCAAAAGAGUUGCUCCAGUGGGUGGUUUGUGCACCACAACCUUUAACUCUGGAUCAAUUAAGGGACGGCAUCAGCAAAGAAUAUCCCGACAUCUUAGACCUCAAGAAGACAGUUCGUGAUGUCUGUGGCCACUUCAUUUUCAUCAGUAACACAAACCAUGUCAUGAUGAUACACCAAACUGCUCGCGACUUCCUGACGAAUGAUUUCAAUGGGAUCAGCGAACUGGAUCGUCAAAGCGCCAGCAGUGCUGUCUUAAUAAAAAGUCUCUCCAGCAUCAGUAACCCUUCUACUCGCGCUUGGGCCAUCGGCGCGAAGGGGAGCCUGUCAAUCCGAGUGGAGCUCGAAGCUCAACAUCCGUUCUCACUUUAUGCUGCCAACUCGUGGUUCCACUACCUUGAAUAUGCCGGUUCUAUUUCCGAGGAGGCACUUGAAGCACUGGACACAUUUUUCAGCGGUCCCUAUGUGCUUGAUUGGAUCUACAUUCUCACUGUCUUGGACCAAGUCAGCGCGUUGGCUAGAGCCGGAAGCGCUCUGUUAACGUUUGUUAGCAGCAACCACGGGCGCAAGAUUUCAAUGGACCAUCGGCUACCAACCUUUGAGCUCCUCGGGAACUGGGGGACAGACCUGAUGAGGAUAGCAGCAAAAUUUAGCCGAUAUCUCACGGCGCAGCCGUAUGCAAUCUAUGAGAUAAUUCCAGCUUUGUCUCCCUCGACUUCAAUGAUCAACCGCCAAUUCCGGCAGUGCAAGGGUCCAAAGAUCACGAUAUCCGGUCAAAAUGAGUCGUGGACAGACGUAUUCGGGCGAUUUUCACUUUCUCAGGACGAGAUAGCCUUGAAGAUUGUGUCAUCCGGGGCUCACCUCGCUGUGCUUACAAGAGGUGGCAUUACACAUGUAUGGAGCUCCACUGAUUUCAAAGGGAUAUGCACACUCCGCCAUGAUGAACCCGUGGUAGAUAUGUGUAUGAACCACCGGGGUGACAUGCUUGUAACCUACGGCCUAAGCACAACGAUCGUCUGGGACGUCCCUGCAGGCACCGUGCGUCUUCGAGUGCCAAACAUAGGAAACAGCAGAGCAAUGUCGCUUACGUUUGCAAUGAAUGACCAGCGCGUCCUGGCCGCAGCAGAUGACAGUGUGGUCAGGUUCUUGGAUAUUGCGGAGGAUGGUGCGGCGUGGAAGGUCCUUGAUGGGUCUGUACUCAAAGAGAAUCCUCGAACCGACUUGAUCAUCAUGAAUAGUCCGAGUUGCGUGGUUUUCAAUGCAAGUGGUACACAGAUUGGAGUCUGCUAUAGGUCAUUCCCACUGACGGUCUGGGACUUGAACAGAGCUACGAUCAUUCGUCGGUGUUUGAGGCCAGUCGUUCACUCAGAUCCUGCGUCAAACUCCUCACCAACUUGGUUCCCAGUGGAGUUCUUCAAUUGGAAUCCUGUCACUGGUCACAUCAUUGGCUGGUACAAGGGCAACAACCUUUUCAAAUGGCACCCCAUCACGGAUGAGACUCACGAAGUCCCCGCUUGUGUCGAUGGAUUGGUUUGCAGUCCGAAUGGGAAAUCAUUUGUGACGAGUAACAGUGACGGGAUUGUCCAGCUCUGGGACUUUGCGUCUUUCACCGUGACAUACCAACUUUCCUCGGGAGACUUGAUCAGUGGUUUAUGCUUCAGCCCGGAUUCCGAGCGGUUUUAUGACAUCCGGGGAUCGACCAUCACUGCAUGGGAGCCCGGUGGGUUGGCUCAGCUCUCAGGGCCAGGCGAGGCUUUCGGCGGCCCUGCCUGUGAGAAGCAAGGGACAGCAAUGUGCAGCGUACGCCAAGUAAAAGUGCCACAAUCCCCAAGUCUUAUCGCCAUCUCCUCAGCUCCAAAUGGCCUACGGUAUGUGACGGCCAAUGAUCAUGGCGAGGUUCAUCUGGCGGACGUGCGAGACACAUUCAAGAUUGAACUGACAAGUUUCCCCAAUUUUGUCUGCGUUUCUCACCUGGUCUGGAGUCCAAGAGGCGGCAUGAUUGUUGUUGCCGACCUCACAGCCGAUGUCCGCAUAAUGCAGAUCGACAACAGUACCUCCAGCCAGCUCAAGCAUACACAUGUUCAACUCAUCCAACGGCCAAAGUUGAACCUCGAAGGUGGCGCUAUACAUCAAAUGCUAGUCGACUUUUCGUCAAAAAUGCUUCUUGUUCUUACCGACAACCUUGCUCAAUUGUGGAGUAUCCAUGACUGCCGCGUAAAGACUUCUGCUCCCAUGAUCGGGGCUGCUCAACAUGGUUGGCUCAAUCAUCCUACCAACCAUGACCUGUUCUUGGGAGUUGGGCCUGAGCAUAUCAGGGUAUUUCAAUGGUCCAGCUUACAGCAGAUGUACCAGAUCAAGCUCAGUAGUACCCUUUUUUCUCUGGUGAGGCAGCCGGCACAUAUUCCUCCAAUGGACGAAACAAGCCAUAAUCUCACUGCGGAUGAUUCAUCAAACUCAAGACAAGAACCAGCUAUGAAGAUCAGCAAGGCCAUGUUCACACAGGACGGCAAGCAUAUUCUCAUAUAUCUCAGAGAAAACAUCACUGGAAGUAAGGCUCGGAAAAAACUACUUGUUUUACAGGUCAAGGCAAUGGACGCAGCUACCAAUCUGGGCAAGGAAGCGGUGCUCGAGUGCAUGAAGGUUGGGAGCGAUCUGUUGGAUAUCCUUGAAGUUCCUUUGGGAAUAUUACCGGGAGAGCAGCUAAUCUUCUUCGAUUGUGACUUUUGGCUAUGCUCGGUCGACCUCACUCGACAAGCGGACAUGGAUGUUAGGCGUCACUACUUCAUCCCAAGAGACUGGACGAGCAUUGAAGGUCUAGCACAGAGCUUGGUCAUGCCAGAAGGGACCUUGCUCUGUAUCCAGGAAGGCAAUGUUGUGACGAUCAGGAGCAAUCUGAUUAGUAUCGGGUUUUAA